UAUUAUUUUACGUUUUUCUUAUGUAAGCAUAAUAAAAGUAUUAAUUUCAAACGUGUAAAACUUUGUAAUUAAAACAGAAUGACUAAUUACCGGUUUAUUGGAAUGACGGGAAGUUUUUGCUCGAUAUUCUAAGAAAUUGAUCUGAAACCAUCUGAAGUUCUGCAGUUUUCUUAACUAAGACAAUUUGACUUGAACUUUGAAGUUGAUAGCACUUUGCAAUGCUCAAUUUAAUCCUGUGAAAGUGAAUUCAUACGAUGAAAUUACACAGUUUACAGUCAAAUGAAAAACUAGGAUUAGGAGUGAAGAAAAUUUCUUCUGUUAAAACAAGGUUAAAAGCAACAAAAUGUGAAACAGACAGUAGAAAAACCAAAUCAGUUAGUACAAAUAUUUCUGAAUAUUGUGUUUUGACAGAUGAUUAUGAAAAUAAAACUCACUGUGUUAAAAAUAAGGAAGUUCUACUAGUAGACUCGACUGUUCAAAAUUCUUGCCAAGCUCAUGAAAAAGAAUCUAGUAUUAGCAAGCCCAGUAGUAGCUUAACUGAAAGCACUACUUGUGUGGAAGUGAGAGGUAGUAAAAUAAAAGAAGAUACAAAACUUGCACCAAUUUUUCUUAAAAAACAAGAUAAUAAAAUAGCAGGAAAUCAAGUACAUGUAAAUCAACUUCAUCAUGGACAGAUUUAUACUGCUUCUAGUGAGAGUUCUCCAAGAACUACACUUUAUGAUACCAAAUGUACAAAAAACGUACCUGUUAAACUUGCUCCAAUUUUCUUGAAAAAAGUUGUAACUGACAGGGUGUUAGAUGAAUGUUCAGUUGUAAAGCCUCAAGGUGAAACCAGUAAUGCCUCCAAAAAAGGAUGUUUAAGUUUGCCAACGAGAUGCAAGAGUCUCGAGAACAACAGGGUCUAUGAACAAGAAGAUGAGCAAUUUGUGAUACUUCCUACAAAGCCUAAGAGUAAAUUAAAAAUUGCUACUAAAAGUAGUGAAUUGAAAAACAACUUUUCAAAAUGUAGUUACAAAAGAAAACCAACUGUUCAAGAAGAUGAAAUCACUGUGUUUAAUAAAACUUUAGAUAAAAAUGCAGACAGUGAAAAAGAAACAAAACGUAGAAAGAAAAAGCAACAAUUAGUUUUGGCAGAAGAAAAAGAACUAAGAAACAUUGGCCCUUCAUGUGAUGAUGAUGAUGGAGAAGGUGAAAAAGAGAGUGAUGGUUUAGCAUGUAAAGGAUCUCUUAGGUCUAGGACCAAAAUGAAGGGUAAUAAAUUGAACCUACAUUUUUCUAUAAAUUGUAGUGAAUUAUCAGAAACACCAAAAGAGAUUCAUAAUACUUGCGAUGUAAUAAAAAUGCCUUUAAAAAAAACUAGUGCUAAUGACAACCUGAUACAAAGAGAAAAGAAAAGGGAAUAUCAAAAAAGAAAAAAUGGAGGAAAUAAGCUGAGUAGUGGUGCUAAAGAAAAAUUUGGGUCUUGGAAUGUAGAGGAUAUUGAAAGUCAAGUGCUAGAAGAUAAACCUUUGAUUCUUUUGGAUGAUGAUAAAGUUACCACAAAUGAUAAUGAGAAUAAUAAUUCCAUUAAUGAAGAGAUAUUUACUGAAAAAUAUAAGCCAACUUCCUUUGGAACAUUUGUUGGCAAUAAGAAUGAAGUGGAAAAAAUGAAGGUUUGGUUGGCUGCUUGGAAAACAAAAUGUUUCAAUGAUGCAAAAAACAAAAGUAGGAAUUCUAAUAUUAGUUCUAAAAGUGAUUCUGAUGAGUAUUCAGAUGAUGAUGAUAACCUGCCUAAUUGCACGCUAAUUACUGGAGCAUCAGGUAUAGGAAAAACAAGUUUUGUUUAUGCAGUGGCAAGAGAGUUGGGAUUUAGAGUUUUUGAAUUAAAUGCUUCUUCUAGGAGAACAGGAAAAGAAAUUAUGACCCAACUUCAAGAGGCAACUCAGUCUCAUCAUAUUGAAGGUUCAUCGUGCAAGAAUAGAAAAUAUUUAAAUUUUUUUGAAGUUGGUAAAACAAAUUCACCAAAGUUUUUGUCAAAACAAAAAAAUGAAAUAGUUGCUAAAGAAUCAACUCCAGCUUUAUCCAAAAAAAAAUCAAUCGAAUCAUUUUUCAGAACUGGCGCUUCAGCAGCAAAGCAUCCUGAAUUGAAUUCAAGAACUACUGAAGGAUGUACAAAUAAUGAAACAUCAGGAAAAGUACUUAGUGGUAAAUUAGGAAGUAAUACUACCAGAAAGAUAAACUUAGGCUCACAGAAAAAGAAAAACACAUUGGAAGGAUUUGGGUUUAAUGAAAAAAUUAAAUACCCAAACAGUUAUACAUGCAGAGAUUCAGGAGUGAAAGAUCUAUUGACAGAAUCAAUUUUGAAUGAUGCAGAAAAAGGAUUAAGUAUAUCAAGUAUGUCAUUGAUACUGUUUGAUGAUGUGGAUGUUGUGUUUGAAAAUGAUGAUGGAUUUUGGAGUGCAGUAAAUGCAUUUAUUGCUACAGCUAAAAAGCCAGUAAUUCUUACAGCUACUAGGAAUGUUGAAAGCAUUAAAACAAACAUCAAUCAUAUGCAUGAGAUUAUUUCAUUAAGACCACCUCAUUUAUAUGAAGUUACAGAUCAUCUGUUUAAAGUUUGUGUGCAAGAAGGCAUGGAUGUUAAACCAUCAUAUAUAAGGGCUUUGGCUAAGUAUAUGAGUCGUGAUAUUCGUAGAUGUUUGUUGCAACUACAAUUUUUGGCCCCUAACAAAUCAGAAAUGUCUAAUUUUUGUAAAAAUCUUUUAUCAAUGAACAGUAAGGUAUCUGUAAAGGAAUUAAAUUCAAACCAUAACAAGUUAUCAAAAGAAAAUACUGUUGAAAUGGACACUAUUGCAAAAUGUCCAACAAAUUUAAAUCACCAUGCUGAAUUAUUAGACCCUAAGGUUAAUGAUAUUCUAGAGUGUGCAAGCAACAGAGUAUUAGUUUUACAAUCAGAAAAAGAAGAAACUACUGUAGAAAAUAUAACAGAGGAAAAAUGGGACAUGUGUAAUGUGUGUUUAGAAAAAACAACAGGAUUUGAAGAGAAACUUGUGAUUGGUAACAAAAGAUCUGUUUUCAUGCUAAGUGCACCUAAUAACCUGGACUUCAGGAUAUAUGAAACCUUAAUUUCCAUCUUAAAUCAAGGUACUUUAUGGCAAGCUGGAAAAUUAAUAUAUGAAAAUCACGUUUCUGGAAAUAGAGUUAUUUCUGACAACUUGUAUGAACUUUUAUCAUUACCUAAGUUAUUUCAACCAUCUCUGGAAAAAGUGAGUGAGCUUCAGAACUGUGUUGAAGAAAAGACUCAGAAUAUUAACCCAUUUGACAUUAGCUGGUUAAAUGAAGAGGGACUGGGUCAAGAAAGGGAGUUUUUUGGAAAUGAUUUGAACAGCACAGUUGAUGAUUCUAAAAUUAAUUGUGACAUGGUAGUUUCUGAAGAUACAGUUGUGAAGAAUAGUACCCUUUUAAUUACUCACAAGGUAAAUGAACAAAUUUCAAACCUUCUAAAAGAUCUGAGUACACGUGACAUAAUGUUGAGACAGGGAAGAUUGAGAGGAUUAGAAUGUGCUGGCCCAGAAGAAAGACUUCAGUCAUGGAUAUGGGGCUUGCCUUUAUUAAGUGAUACAAGUUACACCACAUGUGAAGAGAUAAAUGUGGAUAUUUUUUCAUCAUUUGAGGUAUUGAGUUUUAGGAAAACAUCACAACGGCUUAGGGAAAUUUUACAGAAUGCUUCUGCAGAUGUGGAUUUGUCAUACAUAACUUUGCACUUUAAAAAAAAUACACAAUGUCAGACUCUUGAAAAUCACCAGUUAUACCAUGAAAGUAAAUUCUGUUUUGAUGCAAUAAGAAAUGCUUUACCUAUAAAUCAGAGACUUAAUCAUCGUGCAGUUCAUCUAGAGUAUCUGCCUUUCCUGAGAUCCAUCUCUGUCUCAGAGACUUACAGACAAGCAAAAUGCCGUAAGCGAUCAGGACGUUUUCUUCACUACUUUGAUUCUAUUUCUUUGUGUUUUGACUCCGGAAUCAUUCAUAAACUUCAGCAGCCAAUUUACUACUAAUAACAUAAAAACCUAUUAUGAAACUUGCAUAAACUUUGGAAUCAUUAAAGUUGAUUAGGAAAAAGGGUACUGAAAUAUAUUAUUCAAAUUAAGCAAAAAAGAAAACAGAACAGAAUUAAUAAAUUACUGAAGUUAUAAAUCAGCUUAGGAGCAUAAAAAGUAAAAAAAAUAUAUAUAAUUGAACAGAAAAAACUAAAAAUAGUGCCACUUAACUGAUUGCAUGUACCAAAAUACUCUUGAGGUUUUGUGUAUAAGGAAGUUGACAUCAAAUAAAGUAACAAACUUGUUUUCAAGCUGCCACUUGCUCUACCCUUUUGCAACUUGGUUUAUUGCUUUAGUAGUGAGCCAUUAUGUUUUUGGUAUUAUAUUUAUUUCAGCUAUAGCUUGUAAUAAAAUCAUAAGUAAUCUCUGUUGUAAGAUAUUCUUUUAGAAAGAAUUUGCUUUGUCCUGAUCCUGUGAGCUUAUUGUUUUUUCGAUUGUGAGACAUCAUAUUUUUGUCAAAACUCCUUUACUGUGUUUCUCUUUUUACCUGUUAUACAGACUUUCCUAAAUUCAAUGACCACAAAAUUUUUAUAUGAUGAAAUCAUGACUGUUGCUUUUAAGUAUAAUUUUUUAAACAUUUAAAUUCAAGAUACAUUGAUGUGUUGUUUUAUCAUGGUUAUUCUGUGAUAAUGUAUUUGGUUUAAAAUAUUGACAAUAGAGAAGUACUUGUAGGUUUCCAUAAUCCAGCCAAAUGUUCAAAAUAUGUAUGUAUAUUAAAUUGUAUUUUUUAAGGAAUUAAGAAAUAGAAACAAAAUCUAAAUUAUGAAGCUAUAAAUAUCUUGAGAUCGCCAGGAAAAGUUAUGUAACAUUUAAUCUGUUACAUACAAAUAUAAAUUUGAUAAGUAAAUAAAUGUAACUGUUUAUAGAUUUUAUGGUGAAAUUAAUUUUUUGGGGGUUUAAAGUUUUUGAACAUUUGUAUGUAUCCAAGCACAUUUUGUGAAGCAGACUUGAUUAAUUAAAAGAUGAGAGUAAUUUAUGUGAAAACUCAUAACAUUUACAUCUAAAUUGUAAUGUGUAUGUGACUGAAGUAAGAAGUACUUUGACAUGAAAUGAUUAAAUUCAUUUUACAUGUGGAAGUUUGUUUAUGGAUAAACUCAUGAUUUUACAUAAUAGAAUUUUAAGGAAAAAUGGCAGUUUUUUUAUUAUUA